AUGGGACGCAAGAAGAAGAAGCCGUCGAAGCCGUACUGCAACCGCGAGUUCGAUGACGAGAAGAUACUGAUCCAACACCAGAAGGCAAAGCACUUCAAGUGUCACAUCUGCCACAAGAAGCUGUACACCGGACCCGGUCUGGCCAUCCAUUGCAUGCAAGUGCACAAAGAGACCAUCGAUAAGAUCCCGAACGCAUUGCCGAAUCGAAACAACGUCGACAUCGAGAUCUAUGGCAUGGAAGGCAUUCCCGACGCAGACAUCAAAGAACACGAGAGAUCCAAAGGUCUGGAGUAUAAGCCGCAGACGGAGUCGAAGCCCACGUCAUCCGUGUCGACACCCGUGGCGCCAAUGAUCCCGAUUCCGGGUGCCGUAAGCGCUCCCAUCCCUGGAAUGAUGUCUAUGCCGUCAAUGCCUUUCGGUUUACCACAAAAUCCUCAACAAUUCGCGACCUUUGCGGCCAAUAUGGCUGCCGCUCAGCACUCAAGUCAUCCGUCUUUAGGACCGUUUGGCGCAGCGGUUCCGCCGCCGCCAUCCUUACUCCCGACGCACACUCUCAUGAAUCGGGUCUUACCUCCGGGUAUGCCUAACAAACCGCUGUUCCCUUCAGUGAGUUCGACGUCGUCGGCCAAUCAGAGCUCAGUUGUCGGCACAGACUUCAGACCAUUAGCCCUGAUACUGUUAUUUACUACCUGUGCGGUAAAUGGUGAGUACUGCCCAGAUGACCCUAGUGAAAUAUCACCAUGUACAUGCGAUGGCAAAACAAUUAAGUGUCUGGCCGUACAGCCAUUUGACAUGGGUCCAAUAUUUCAAACCCUACUGAACGGCAAACAGCACCGGUAUUACGAGACGUUUGAGUUGGAAAGUAGUGUCAUCGAGAAACUGGAGUCAUUGAUGUUUCGGGGGGUUAUGUUCAAAAACAUCAAGCUAACUGGGUGCUCAAAGCUACAGUGUGUCAGUCCCAUGGCUUUCGGGGGACAGGAGGAGAGUGUCGAGACUUUUGAGGCCACCCUCACACAUUUAGGUGCCCAAAAAAGUAGAGACUGUGACCUGUUUGGUGCGUUAAGUACCCUGAUAUCUGUGCGGGACAUUACAAUAAUAGGCAGUCAAAUAAUUACUAUACCUGAUAAUGCAUUCACCAAUAAAAUUGGUGAUCAACUAAACUUAACAUCCAUUAGUUUUAGCGCCGGUAGUCCAGGUGGCAAAAUUGGUCUUGUUGGUAAACAGGCAUUUACAAAACUUAGAGCGUUGAGUAAAUUGGACCUGUCGCAAAAUAUGUUAAUUAAUAUAGCUACCGGUGCUUUUAACAUAACGGACCCAAUCACCGAUAGCUUGGUCAUUAAUCUGAUGGGCAAUCACUUAAUAGGGACGUCAUUUGGCAGGGAUUUAACCGCGACUGAUGUGUCCAACAGUAUUAAAUUGGGUGGUAAUACAAAGCUAAGUUACCUGGAUGAAGUGAAUAAUACUAUUGAUAUGAUUGGAGAUCUCAUGGAAGUGGACCUCAAAAAUAAGUGGUUGGUUGAGGACAAAGUGGCUCUGGAUUUGAACCAUAGACUGCUACAUGCAAUGGGUGUGGAUGGUCACCCUAUACUCGACCAUACGUUAGAUGAAAUGAGCAAGGACCCUCCAAUAUAA